AUGGAGUUUCUUGCUGCCGACGCGGAGCGCAUGUACACGGAGAACGGCCGGGUGCAGCACCUCUCGUACUGGUCGUACAAGAUCCUGGCGCGGAGUUUCCUGCCGAGCUACCAGAGCCUCCCGUCGUCGGUGCCCUCGAACCGCCCCGCGCAGAACUUCAGCCGGGGCGCCGGGUACAUCGACUUUUGCACGUGGCACCGCUACUCCGACUUUGAGUGGCUGGCGGCGCAGAUGGAGUUGGAGUUCCCCGGCGUGCUAUUCCCGCCGAUUCCACCGAAGGAGACGGACGGGACGAUGGACAAGUUCACCGAUCUGCUCUCCAGCUCGAAGGAGAACGGCGCCGCCACGAAGGAGAACCCGCUGGUGAAGAAGCGCAUGCGGCGGCUGCAGUUGGCCCUCAACGCCAUUUCGCAACUACAUGAACUUCAUGAAUCCCCGCUGCUCAAGGCCUUUGUGACGUUUGACGAACUCGCCUGGCGCGCCUUUCGUGAAGAACGGCAGAAGCAAAACAAAAGAUCUCUCUUCUCCGCUGUGAAGUUGAAGGGGCUCAGCCUGUUCUCAAAGCUGCGCUCAAUCGGUGAGUCGAACGAGCAUAACGGUGUGGCGGAGUCUCCCUUUGUCGUCGUCGAAACGCGACAGAGUGACCUGGCCGGUCUCCUCCACACCUGCUGUGCGCAGGUAGAGCACAUCACAAAGUGCUGCGCCGGGGAGCUACGCCACUGGAGCGACGUGAAUGCGUUGCGUAAGCCGAUUCAGGGGUCGCCGCUGCCGUGGACCGCCUGCUACUGCGGACACCGGGUCCAGCACUCCCAGCACCCCGAGCUGGAAGGCGUGGUGCGAGACGUGAAGGACGACGUCGCCGUUGUAGAGUGGGACGACCAAGAUGAGAAGUUGGCAAUUGUGCGGCUGGAGGAGUUGAACUAUCCCUCUUCCGGGAUAAGUGACCCGGCGAUCUUUGCGUUGCAGGAGCUCGCGACCCAGGUGGAGUCUUACUGCAUGUACGUGAGCCGCUCGGCCGGGGUCACCGCGCUGAAGGAAGUGGAGGACAUGCUGUGGUUUCUCUCCAGCUACGCGAGUCGCUGUGUGCACGUGAUCAGGCGCUUCAAGGCAUUGGGUGCCGAGGCUCAGUCCCUCACACGGGCGACGGAGAAAAAGUCGAGCGCAACCCAGGCUGAAAGACUUGAGCAGGUGAAGCAGGAGCUGUCGAAGGGAACCGCCCGGUUCAUAGACGAGUACAACGGCUUUUAUCGGACGUUUCUGCGGAAGUCGCUCCUCGAUGUGGCACGCAGGUUCGGGGAGGUCAUGACGGUGAUGAUGUGCGACGACGAGUGGGAGCAGCGCCUCUCGGCGGCCAACGCGAUGCUAACGCCAGCCUUCCCGCUUCCGCCGGAGGAUGCGCCGGAGAUGCUCGCGGAGGACGCGGCGAAAAGUGGCUUCGUCACACGGGAACUUGCGAAUGAGGUGGAGGGCUAA